CGCCCGUGUGCGCGUUGGCUGGCUUCAGGGAGUUGCUUACCUAGCAAGUCUUCUCAACUCCACGACCACGAGUCUGUGGGCGGUUCAGUCUCACGUCUGACCUUGGUGAGUUCAGGAGCGUGCCAGUGAGGUUCUACAAGAGAUUGUCAGUGAGUGAAGGACGCAUCUCUGCUUCCCUUCUACGGGAAAUACUGAACUACUUCUACGGAAGUUAUCCUUUGUAAUUUGUAAUUUUGUGGGGUGCAGUCAGCAUCGCAGUCUACGGGCAAGAUGGACAUGCUGUCAUCCGCCAACAGUGUCAUUCUCUCCACCAAAUCGUCCAUGGACUCUUUUUCCACCAGUAUCCUCAACCUGGCAGACUCGGUGGGCACUACUGCCUUCCUGGUCAUAAUGGCAGGGGCCAUGGCGGUCAGUGCUGGUAUCGGUGGCCUUUCCUUCACCGGCAUCGCCAGGGUGGACGAGUACUUUGGCUGGCCCCUGUGGUCAAGUAUAUUCCCGAGGUGGCGAGAGCAGUCCGGGGUACCCCUCCAAGAAAGGGAUUUCGACAAUGUUGGCUACGUCCUGAAGCUCCUGAAAGACGCCUUCACAAAAUACAGAGAAAGACGGCAUCGACAGUGAGAGUAUUGUAACAGCAACACAUCAUAAUACACACUGUUACGAGUUACAAUACCACAACACUGCUCAAACAGACAACCCCAAUAUCAUCACAUAUCCACCAACACACGACGCUGGACUUCAUUAGUGCUAAGAAAACGAGUACUGUAAUUCCUUAGUCAAUAACCUUACAUCCACAGCGGAGUAUUCAAUGCAAUACAACCCUGGUCAAAUAUAACAAGUUGUUUACCACAUCAUGUACAAAGAGCUUUCCACUUCUAUUGUGACUGUUUAUUAUCCCUUGAUUAUCAUAAGUUGAAGACAAUGUUGUACUAAGUUAAACGGAAAUUUAAUUUCUGCUAAUAAU